CCUCAGAGGCUGCCUGGCUGCGAGGCAGAGGAGGCGCGUGCUUGGGCGCCGCUGCCGGCAGGUGGACUCGGAAAGGCCUCGUAGGAGCUGAGCUUCCUGCGGGGCGGCAGAACAGCAAAGCCCGGGGAGGCAGCUCUUCUCCUCCUCGCCCCGCGGCCUCCCGCUCCCCAGCACCGCCCGGGCGAGCAAGAUGAAGUGGAAGAGGGUCGCGAUCUUUGCCAUCUUGCAGGCACAGCUCCCAGUCACCGAUGCUGUACCAGUUCUUGGACUGACAGACCCAAGACUCUGCUACUUACUGGAUGGAUUCCUCUUCAUUUACGCAGUCGUCAUGACAGCCCUUUUUGUGAAAGCAAAGCUUAGCCAAGCCUCUGAACCCCAGCUGCGACCAGGCCAGGAUGAUGUGUAUAAUAAACUGUCUCGUGGACACAGAGAUGAAUAUGAUGUUCUGGGGGCAAAGCGAGGUGCAGACCCUGAGCUGGGUGGGAGACACCAGCAGAGAAGAAAGAACCCUCAGGACACUGUCUACACUUCACUGCAGAAGGACAAGAUGGGUGAGGCAUACAGUGAAAUUGGAAUGAAGGGAGAGCAGCAGAGGCGGCGAGGCAAAGGGAAUGAAGGUGUCUACCAGGGACUCAGUACAGCAACCAAGGACACUUAUGAUGCUCUCCAAAUGCAGCCUUUGCCCCCCCGCUAAGUGGGAGUCACAGAUGGGAUGGGCAAGAGUGAGAGAUGCCCACCUGCUUUGGGGAGGAAAGGAGAGAAAGCCUUGUUCAUCCAAAAUAAACGCUGUGUAUUUUCUCAGUGCAAAAACCUACUUUGGUUGGUGCGCAGAGGGAGUAUGUCUGGACUUGGUCAGUCCCUUCUCCCUUCCCUCCUGAAUCAUGUUAACUGCAAGCUUUAGCUAUUAAAGUGUACAUAUCUGUAAAGUUGUUUCCAAUAGCAGUGGUUACUAGGCUGAUUUUUGUAAGAUUUGUGUUGUGGGACCAGACCACACCUACUAAACACAGCUGUUUCUGUAGCUCUUACUUGCCUUCCAGGGGUAUCAUGACAUGCAAUUAUGGUUUCAUUGGAUUUAAAGAACAUGUAAAGAUAGGGCUGUAGUUAUUUCCUGUAGUAGUUAUCUUAAGACUAUUUGACACAGGCCAGCUAAACUUUUUGCUUUAAAUUUACCUUUUAAAAACUGUUUCAGUGGAGGACGACUUUUUUCUUUAAUUGUAAAAAGUGAUGCGAUGUUAGUAUAGUGAAGGACAGAGGCUGAAUGCCAGCUUUUCAAUAUGAAGAAAAAGAGCACUAAGCUCCAAGAAAAGAUCAAGCAAUGGCAUUGCCACUUGUCCAGCACCUGGAGCUAAACAAGAGCCAGGUAACCUGCAAAAGAGACUUCUCAGAAUGCAGAAGAUACCCCUGUUGCAAUGAAAACGAGAAUGGACUAAAGAGAGUAAUACUGGAAAAGCCAGGAAAACUCACCCUGGAGAAUCCCGUUUGGCUGUAACGUCUGCCCCCUCACGUCAGCAACAUCUGCAACUAUCACUGCAGAACACACUCCCCUUGUAAGAGCUGGUAUGGCAAUUCUGAUGUUAGAAACAGACCAAAACUAUCACUUCUGGGCAACAGAAACCAUACAAAAGCCAAUGUAAAUGCAGUUUCCAAACCAGUCUAUUGUCAGUUUACCUUUAAAGAUGAUGCAGGGAUCAUUCCAAAGAGAUACUAGUUCAACAAUGUAAUGAAUUUUUGCUGAAUUAAUAAAGUUAGUGUCAAAGA